CACGCCAAUGGCAGAAACUUAAAAAAAAAAUUAGAUCUUAACUCCGGGGGAUUCUACUUCUAAAUCUGAGGCAAAGCAUUUUCAGAUCCGAUCAGAUCAGAUCCGAGCUUUGCUUCUCUUCUUCUUCACUACUCAAUGGAAGCUACGUCGUAUUGAUAGAGACAACACAAACGAAAAAAAAAUGAGAAUGUCAUCAUCAGCUUCCACCGCGGAGCACCGGCCCUCCGCCGCGGCUCUCGGCGUCGGUCAGAGAGAUGCGGAGUCUCUGUUCCGCGCGAAACCGAUGUCUGAGAUUCGGAGCGUGGAGUCGGCGACUAGGAAGAACAUCGAGGAUAAGAAGGAGGAGCUCCGGCAACUCGUCGGGACUCGGUACCGGGAUCUGAUCGACUCGGCCGACUCGAUCGUCCACAUGAAGUCGCUCUGCGAGUCGAUCUCGUCGAACAUCUCUUCGAUCCACGGGAACAUCAGAUCGCUCUCUUCCUCCUCUCCCGUGGCCGAGACUCCCAAUCUCGCUAGCCGUGACUCGGCCCGGGUCGACGUGUACGGGAUCGCUUGUCGUGUUAAGUAUCUGGUGGACACGCCGGAGAAUAUAUGGGGAUGCCUCGACGAGUCCAUGUUUCUAGAAGCUGCGGGGAGGUACAUGCGUGCUCAGCACGUGCAGCAGAGACUGGUUAAGUUGGAGGGAUUUGAGGUUGAUCAGAGUAAGCUGUUGGAGAAGUUUCCGCUGCUGGAGCAUCAGUGGCAGAUUGUAGAGAGUUUCAAGGCUCAGAUCUCGCAGAGGAGCCACGAGCGGCUUCUGGAUCAGGGUUUGGGGUUGGGGGCUUACGUGGACGCGUUGACUGCUGUUGCGGUGGUUGACGAGCUAGAUCCGAAGCAAGUGCUUGAGCUGUUUCUCGACUCGAGGAAGACUUGGGUUCUGCAAAAGCUGAAUGCUUGUGGUGGUGAUGAUGCGGGUAAUGUAGUUUCAGUGUUUUGUGAUGUGUUGUGUGUGAUUCAGGUGACUGUGGGGCAAGUUGGUGAGCUGUUUUUGCAGGCCUUGACUGAUAUGCCUCUGUUUUAUAAGACUAUCUUGAGUACCCCUCCGGCUUCUCAACUGUUUGGUGGGAUUCCAAAUCCGGAAGAGGAGGUUGCGUUGUGGAAAUCAUUCAGGGAUAAUUUGGAGUCCGUCAUGGUUAUUUUUGAUAAAAAUGACAUUUCUAAAGCUUGCCUGAGUUGGUUGAGGGAAUGUGGUGGACAGAUUGUUGGCAAGGUUAAUGGGAAGCAUUUGAUUGAAGCUAUUGUUACUGGUGCAGAGCUUGGGACAGCCGAAAAGUUGAUAAGAGAGACCAUUGAUAGCAAAGAUGUCUUGAGGGGUAGUUUAGAUUGGCUUAAGAGUGUUUUUGGGUCUGAGGUAGAGCUGCCUUGGAAUAGAAUCCGGGAGCUUGUUCUCGCUGAUGAUUUGAACCUAUGGGAUGAAAUAUUCGAGAAGGCGUUUGUGGAAAGAAUGAAAUCCAUCAUUAACUCUAGAUUUGAGGAUUUGGCUAAAGCUGUCAAUGUGGCAGAAUCGGUUCAUGCUUUUAGCAAGAUCACUGGUGAAAAGAUUAACUUCCAAGCAUACUUAAACAGACCAUCUACAGGUGGUGGUGUCUGGUUCAUUGAGCCUAACGCAAAGAAACUUGGCCUUAUUACUGGAAAUAAGACAUCACCUGAAGAAAGUGACUUCCAAAGUUGUCUAACUGCUUACUUUGGUCCUGAAGUUAGCCAGAUGAGAGAUGCUGUUGAUAUGCGGUGCCAGAGUGUUUUGGAAGACCUCUUAAGUUUUUUUGAGUCAGAAAAGGCAGGUCAGAGGUUAAAGGAUCUGGCUCCAUACGUGCAGAAUAAGUGUUAUGACAGUGUCUCAGCACUUCUUUCAGAUGUAGAUAGAGAACUCGAGUUUCUCUUAUCUGCCAUGAAGAAAGAGAACAAUGACAAUGAAGCAAUCUCACCUGCUAUAGUAAUUGAGAAAUCUCUAUUUAUGGGACGCCUUUUGUUUGCAUUGCUGAACCACUCUGAACACGUUCCCUUGAUUCUCGGUUCUCCAAGAUUGUGGUGUAGAGAAACUAUGACUGCAGUUUCUGAUAAGUUGUCAUCCUUGUUGAGGCAACCAAGAUAUGGCUCUAAUACUUCACUCAGUGCUGACAGCCCUGGAAAGCAGUUGCAUACCGAUCUUAGGAAGCAGAGUUCGUUAGCUGUUGCCGCACUACUUAAGGCAGAAGAGAAGACAAGUCCGAAAUUUGAAGAGCUUAAUAAAACUAUGCGAGAUCUGUGCAUUAAAGCUCAUACAUUGUGGAUACAGUGGUUAUCGGAUGAGCUUUCAGCUAUUCUCUUGCGUGAUCUUAAGAGUGAUGAUGGAUUAUCUGCUACAACUCCUUUAAGAGGUUGGGAAGAGACAAUAGUUAAGGAAGAGCAGGGCGAGAGUCCAUCUGAGUUGAAGAUAUCACUUCCGUCCUUGCCUUCGCUCUAUAUUAUCUCUUUUCUGUGUCGGGCAUCAGAAGAAAUUCACCGAAUUGGAGGCCACGUACUGGAUAAGUCAAUCUUGCAAAAAUUUGCUUCAAGCCUGUUGGAGAAGAUCAUCAUUAUUUAUGAGGAUUUCUUAUCUCCCAGGGAGGCCAACGAACCCCAAAUUUCAGAGAAAGGAGUCUUACAAAUUUUACUGGAUUUGAGAUUUGCAUCUGACGUUCUUUCUGGGGGUGAUACAAGCCCCAAUGUGGAGAUGCCAAAGAGUACAAUGAACAGAUCACCUUUCAGACGAAAGCAAGGCCAACAGCAAACAAAGUCAGUCAGUAGAGGUCGCAUUGAUGGAGUGAUCUCCCAACUGUCUCAAAAGUUGGAUCCUAUAGACUGGCUCACGUAUGAGCCUUAUCUCUGGGAGAACGAGAAGCAGUCAUACCUACGCCACGCUGUGCUCUUUGGAUUCUUUGUGCAACUAAACCGAAUGUACACAGAUACUGCGCAGAAGCUACCAACUAAUUCAGAGUCAAAUAUCAUGCCAUGCUCCACAGUUCCCCGCUUCAAAUACCUUCCCAUAAGUGCUCCGGCUCUGUCAUCUAGAAGUACAAAUAAGGUCUCGAUUCCAGUUACAUCAAAUGAUGGCUCCUCAAGAAACUCAUGGAAUGCAUUUACAAAUGGCGAGCAUUCUCAAACGAGUGAGUUAGACGAUGACUCCAGUUUCGGUGUGGCUUCCCCGUUCUUAAAGUCUUUCAUGCAGGCUGGUAGUAGAUUUGGAUCAAUACUAAGUGACGGACAAGUGGGAAUAUUCAAGGAUAGAUCAGCAGCUGCUAUGUCGACAUUUGGGGAUAUAAUACCGGCUCAAGCAGCCGGUUUACUCUCUUCUUUCACAACCUCCAGGUACGAGUGAUGAUGAUGAUCUCGGGUUAGUCACUAAACCGUCAUUUCCGACUCGAGUUUCUGCAAUCAAAUUAUGACUCACGCAGAAGAUGAAUGCGGAAGCUGAUAUAUUUGUCAUUAUACAAGUUUUUACAUAAACGGAAGAGAACAAGUUUUGUAAUAGUGUUUGAUUUAUUGCUUCUUAUAAGCUAUUUUUAUAAGGAACAUGUAAUUACGAGGGGCCCCAGCUUCUUCUUAUCUGCAAGAAUCUUGAAGGAAUUGAAGAGGAAAGGGACAGAGUUUGUGUUUC